GGUGGCCUGGCCGUAGGGGAUCGGUUGCAAGAGCUGCUGGGAACGCGUGGGCGGAGCGAGGAAGCGCUAGCUCUUGGCAGUGUGGAACCAAGAAGGCAGGGCCCAGUCGGCCGCGCUAGCGGGGGAAGAGCCCCGGAAGGGAUCCUACCGGUGACGGAAGCCGGGAGGUGGUGGGGUGGCUGGCGGUUCUAGCAGUUUCCACGGGCGGUCGGUGCGGAGGCGGCGGGCAGGGCAGUGGCGAUCCUGAUGGCAAAGUGGGGAGAGGGAGACCCACGCUGGAUCGUCGAGCAGCGGGCGGACGCUACCAACGUCAACAACUGGCACUGGACAGAGCGAGAUGCGUCCAACUGGUCCACAGAACGGCUUAAAACUCUCCUCCUACUUGUCAGAGUAGAGGGUGAGGAAGGGGCCUGCGAGGUGACAGAAGUGAGCAAACUGGAUGGAGAAGCCUCUAUUAACAACCGCAAAGGGAAACUUAUCUUCUUCUAUGAGUGGGCUAUUAAGCUGGCAUGGACUGGCACCUCAAAGACAGGAGUGAAGUAUAAAGGAUAUGUAGAUAUUCCUAAUCUCUCAGAUGAAAAUGACAUUGAUGAAGUCGAGAUCCUUGUCAGCCUUGCUAAAGAUGAGCCUGACACUAACUUGAAGACCUUGAUGAAGCAAGAGGGUACAAAAAAAAUAAGAGAUGCAAUGAAAACUUACAUCAGCACUCUCAAAACUGAAUUCACCCAGGGCAUGAUUUUGCCCACAAUGAAUGGUGAGCAUGUGGAAACAACACCUCAUGUGACACUAAAAGCCGAAGAGUGCAAGACCACUGCUAGCAGCAGUACAGCCAUACUGCAGUCCAAAUCCAUAGGAGUCAAGAUUCCUACUUGUAAGAUCAGCUUGAGAGACACUUUCUUAACAUCUCCUGAGGAGCUCUACCGGGUAUUUGUUACUCAGGAGAUGGUCCAAGCUUUCACCCAUGCACAAGCAGUCUUGGAGGCUGAUAAAGGAGGCAAGUUUCAGUUGCUGGAUGGCAGUGUCACAGGAGAAUUUGUUGACCUAAUCCCUGAGAAGCAACUUAUUAUGAAAUGGAGAUUUAAAUCUUGGCCAGCUGGGCACUUUGCAACAAUUACCUUGACCUUCACUGAAAAAGGUGGUGAGACAGAAGUGUGCUUGGAAGGCAAGGGCAUUCCUGCCAGUGAGGAAGAAAGAACAAAGCAAGGCUGGCAGCGCUACUACUUUGAGGGCAUUAAACAGACAUUUGGUUAUGGCGCCCAUUUGUUUUAACACUGGUUGCUGGGAAGGCUCUGCUCCAAGGCUCUGCUGCACGGACUGAUAAAUUUCUUACCUGUCCCUUUCUAAUCUUGGCCCUCUGCUUGGAGGAGUAGGAUGAUGGAUGAUAAGGAAGGCCAUUGACCAGCACCACUGUUGGCCCCUAACUGCUUUGUGCACGUCUCAUGUUGUAGGGGAUUCUACAUGUACAUACUUCUAUUCCUAAAUAAACCUAACUUAAAAAAAAAAACAUGAAA